CACACCCCGCCCCGCACAACGGAAUGGGAAUCCCCUCCCCGAAUAUCCUGCCCGUCCCCAUCCACCCAUCACUCCGCCUUCCCUCCCCGCGUACGAAUAUACGCGACGCCCCGACGACGAUUCCUUUCCUUCCUUCUCCUUCCAUCUUCCUCACCUUCCCCGUCCCGUUCCCCCCCUCCUCUCUCUAUCUUCCUGGUUCUUUCCUUGCGGAUCAAUCCAUCCAUCCGACGAGAGCUGCGGAGAUGGAGAUGGAUGUGCCGCCGGCGCAGGCGGACCGCGACGGCGCCCGGCGCCGGCUCCGGGACUACCUGCUCGCGCUCGAGGAGGAGCGCCGCAAGAUCCACGUCUUCCAGCGGGAGCUCCCCCUCUGCCUCGACCUCGUCACCCAGACAAUCGAGGGGAUGAAGAGCCAGAUGGGCGGCGCCGCCAGCGAGGAGACGGUGAGCGACCACGGCGGGCCCGUGCUCGAGGAGUUCAUCCCGCUCAAGCCCAGCCUGUCCCUGUCCUCUUCCGAUGACGAGACUAGCACCCACGCCGCCGUGGCGCCGGUCUCCAACGCUAAGGCCGAGACGCCGCCGCCCACGCCGGAGACCAAGAAGGCGAUGCCGGACUGGCUCCAGUGCGCGCAGCUUUCUUCGGCCUGGAGUGAGCCCCAGCAAUCAUCAUCUCUUCAAAAGGUGCUGCCAUGCAGACCGGUGGCCCUGAACGCCACCAGGACCGGGGGAGCGUUCCACCCCUUCGAGAAGGAGAAGCAGCCCGAGCCUGAGCUGCCGGCCUCCUCAACCACGGCACCGGCAAGCUCCGCGUUGGUCGGGGACAGCGGCGACAAGGCCACCAGCGACACUGAGGUGCACGACAAGGACAGUAAGGAUGCCACUGAGAAAGACACAGACAAAGACAAAGACAAAGAGGGGCAGUCGCAGCCGCCUAAUAACCGGAAGCCACGGCGGUGCUGGGCGCCGGAGCUCCACCGCCGGUUCCUGCAAGCACUGCAGCAGCUGGGCGGCUCCCACGCAGUGGCGACACCAAAGCAGAUCCGGGAGCUGAUGAAGGUCGACGGCCUCACCAACGACGAGGUCAAGAGCCAUCUGCAGAAGUAUCGUCUGCACACGUCAAGGCGGCCGAGCUCCACGGCCCAGAGCGGCGGCGCCCCCGCAACUCAGCCCACGCCGCAGUUCUUCGUGGUGGGCAGCUGCAUCUGGGUACCCCAGCAGGAGUAUGCCGCUGCUGCCGCCGCCGCCGCGGCAGCAGCAGAAGCAACCAAUGUUGCGCUGGGAAGCGCGAACCAAGUAUACGCUCCGACGGCGACGCUGCCAUCAGGGUCGAAGCCACACUUGGAAAAGCAGUCGAGUAGGCAGUCGGAAGGCCCGAGGAGCGGCGUUAACUCGGACUCGGACAACCCAACCAUGUCGUCGUCGUCGUCGUCGCAAGCCACAUCUGCAGGGCGUCCUUAGUGUACGUACGUAUAACCUUGGUUGUUUGGGGAUCUAGUACUACUUACAUAGCUCGGAGAAAUACAGAGUCUAUAAUUAAGGUCACAUUUUACAGUAAGGUGCGCCACAUUAUUUGCUGAUGUAGAGAAGAGAGAAUACUUACUGCUGUUAUGCCUUGUGGGCAGGCCAAGCUUAAGGUGACCCAUGCAUAUAGCUUGAGUUUUGCCACAAGCUUUGCCAUGCAGGUUGUAAAGGGUAGUUUGUUUUGCACCGUGGAGCUCACCACCUUUUGUGAUCCUGGUGUAGGCCCUUCGAUAGGGACAUGUAUAUCGUAUACUGACAAUAGUACAUCCAGCUUUGAGUAGUUUGUUGGAAUUACCUU